AUGCGGUUGGAAAUGUCAUCCCUUCAAAAGCGAUCGUUUUUUACCCGCCGCUCGCACUAUCAGGGUCAGGCGGACUCACGAAAUCGGAAAUCGGGCUUGGGAAAGCAGUCACAGCAAAAUGGAUUGAUGUACGAAGGUCAAUGGUGGCACGGAAUGCGCCACGGUUAUGGAGUAGUGUAUCGGAAAAUGCCGGACACGGAAAUGUACGUUAAAAUUUAUGCUGGUAACUGGCAGAAUGACCGGAAGCAGGGAUUAGGUAUAAAAUACUACAGAAAUGGUAAAUAUCUCGGCUUCUGGAAGGAGGACCAGCGCAGCGGUCACGGAUUUAUGUGGUUCGAUAGUGGAAAUUUCUACAUGGGUGAAUGGGAGGCUGACCGUUUCGGAGGAUUCGGAAUCUAUCUCAGUGCGGGUGGGAAUCGCUAUCACGGCCAGUUUAGGGAUGGGAAAAGACACGGUGAAGGGAUUUAUCUGCACUCGGGAACCGGGCAAAUCCAGAAAGGAUUUUGGGAGCAGGGCAUGUUCAAACUGGGAACCAUCGAAGAUUGGAACCGGAAUCAGGUGCUGUUUCCUACUAUCUAUCCCAUUCCGGAGCUAAAAUUGGCAAAUUUUCCUCAAGUUUACGAUGAGUGGAUGGCAAAGCUAACCACCGCUACUUGA